AUGGGAAGAAGAAAGGGUAAAGCUGGUUUCAAAGUUGAAGAGGUUUUGGAGUUCUUUAAUUAUCUAUUGGAGGAGAAGCCUUCUAUUGCUUUCUUAAUCCCUUUGAUUUUGAUUUGUUGGGAGUUAGUAUUGCAGUCAUCAACAGAAAGUUCUUGUGGAAGACCUAAACAAAAGUGGAAGCGAGUUGUAGUGAACACCUCGCCAACAACACCAUUGGAACACUGUGAGUGGCUGAACAAGCUGUUGAUGGAAAUUUGGAUGAACUAUAUGAACCCAAAGCUUGCAACAAGAUUCUCAUCCAUUGUUGAGAAACGUUUAAAACAGCGUAGCUCGAAGCUCAUAGAAAAAAUUGAGUUGCAGGAAUUUUCACUUGGUUCAUGCCCACCAUCCCUGGGUCUUCAUGGGACUCACUGGUCAACUUCAGGUGAUCAGCGAAUUAUGCAUUUGGAUUUUGAAUGGGACACCAGCGACAUGAGCAUUUUGUUGCUGGCUAAGCUGGCAAAGCCAUUAAUGGGUACUGCUCGGAUUGUUAUAAACAGCCUCCACAUCAAGGGUGAGCUUCUCUUGAUGCCAAUUCUGGAUGGGAGAGCAGUUUUGUACUCAUUUGUGUCAACUCCUGAAGUAAGAAUAGGAGUUGCCUUCGGAAGUGGAGGAAGCCAGUCACUACCUGCCACAGAGCUGCCAGGCGUCUCUUCUUGGCUGGUUAAGGUUUUUACUGACACCUUAGUGAAGACAAUGGUUGAGCCUCGCCGUCGUUGUUACAGUUUACCAGCAGUAGAUUUGAGGAAAAAGGCUGUUGGUGGAAUUGUAUAUGUGUCUGUCAUCUCAGCUAGCAAGCUUUCUAAAAGUAACCUGAUAGAUCAUUUUGAUGAUAAAGAUCUGCAAACAUUUGUGGAGGUCGAACUUGGACAGUUAACAAGGAGAACAGAUGUGAGACCGGGCUCAAGCCCUAGGUGGGAUUCAACAUUUAACAUGGUCUUACAUGAAGAAACAGGAACUCUUCGAUUACAUCUUUACAACUGUCCACCCAACAGUAUGAAGUAUGAUUAUCUAGCAAGUUGUGAGAUCAAGAUGAAGUAUGUUGCAGAUGAUUCAACAACAUUUUGGGCAAUAGGACCUGGGUCUGGGAUAGUAGCUAAACAUGCUGAGUUUUGUGGAAGUGAAGUUGAAAUGGUUGUUCCAUUUGAGGGAGUUACUUCAGGAGAGUUGACAGUCAAGCUUGUGGUGAAAGAAUGGCAGUUCUCCGAUGGUUCUCAUAGCUUGAAUAAGUUCAACGUUAGCUCUCAGAAAUCAAUGUAUGGAUCAUCAAAUCUACUUUCAAGAACAGGAAGGAAGAUUAAUGUGUCUGUCAUGGAGGGAAAAGAUCUUAUUUCAAAAGAAAGAUCUGGAAAGUGUGACCCAUAUGUUAAACUGCAGUAUGGAAAGGUCCUACAGAAAACACGGACUGCGCACACCUCUAAUCCUCUCUGGAAUCAGAAGUUGGAAUUUGAUGAGAUAGUUGAUGACAGAUGCCUUAAGAUUAAAUGCUAUAGCGAAGAAACCUUUGGAGACGACAGCAUCGGUAGUGCACGAGUAAAUUUGGAAGGUUUGCUGGAGGGAUCUAUCAGGGACAUAUGGGUUCCCCUUGAAAAAGUGAAUUCAGGAGAAUUAAGGCUUGAAAUAGAAGCUGUGAGAGUCAAUGACUUUGAAGGAUCAGGAUCACGGGAUUCAACCUCAGCUUCAUUCAAUGGUUGGAUUGAACUUGUUCUUGUUGAAGCAAAAGAUCUUAUUGCUGCUGAUCUUCGAGGGACAAGUGAUCCAUAUGUGAGGGUGCAAUAUGGAAGCUUGAAGAGGAGAACCAAGGUUAUGUUCAAAACUCUGAAUCCUCGUUGGAAUCAGACCUUUGAGUUCCCAGAUGACGGCAGUCCCUUAGAGUUGCAUGUGAAAGACCAUAAUGCCUUGCUUCCAACCUCUAGUAUAGGUGAUUGUGUUGUAGAGUAUCAGGGAUUGCCUCCAAACCAGAUGUCUGACAAGUGGAUACCUCUGCAAGGAGUAAAAAAGGGAGAGAUCCACGUUCAGAUAUGCAGGAAAGUUCCAGAACUACAAACAAGAAGCAGUUUGGAGGCAGAUGCAUCUUUAACCAAAUCACACGAAAUUUCUGACCAGAUGAAACAAUUGAUGAUCAAGUUUCAAUCUUUGAUUGAGGAUGGCAACCUGGAGGGACUCUGGACAGCUUUGAGCGAGAUGCAAAGCCUAGAGGACAUGCAAGAAGAGUUCAUGUUACAGCUUGAGACUGAGCAAAAGCUUCUACUUAACAAGAUAAAGGAGCUUGGCCAGGAAAUUAUGAGCUCAUCAUCAUUCUCGAGCAGACGAUCUUCUGGAUUUUGA